CAUCGACACCCACCCACCCAUCCAGGUGCAUCGUAAACGAUCGGGAUCGACGAUAAAUAUCCCAAAAAUAGGGUUUACUAUUGGUUUUUAUAAAUAAAACAUUUAAAAUGAAUGAAGCGGGAUGGAGCAAUUUCGAAGUGAAACAAGAACCACCGCCAAGCGAAGACGAACGCGGCCCGAGUCCGGAGGUGCAGGACGUACGCGUAUUGGACCAAUACUGUCGGCUGUGUCUGCGGACUACUCCGGAUUUUCUCGUGUCCCUAGUGUCCUACAUCGGUGGGCUUCCGAUUCCUUAUGUGUUCCGGUCGGUCACCGGACUCGAGCUGGUCCUGAAAGAUGCGUUUCCCAGUAAGGUGUGCCAGGGUUGUUUGGACUCGCUGGAGAAUGCUUAUAAUGCACGGGAACGAUUUGUCGCGAGCUAUGCGUUGCUGGAGUCUUUCAGCAGUUCCAAGGAUCGUUCGUUGAUCGACCAGUUGAACGAAUAUCAGGGCGGUACGAACUUGGGUGUUAACGAAGAACCGUUGAAUUCUAGUCUUGAGCCCACUCCUACUGUAAGCGAGCCCAAAACUAUUAAACAGGAACCGGAACUAGACUUGGAGCCGGAGGAGCCUCCAGAUCAAGAAUCAAAGAAAACCAUUAAGAAGCGUGUCAACAAUCGCUAUAAAAGUAAAAUCAAAAAAGCUAUGCUCGAUCCAAAUAAAUGUUAUAUCUGUGGGCACAUACACGAAAAUGUCGAAAGUCUUGAGGCGCAUCUACCGGAGCACGUUGGAAUGAUUCCGUACCAGUGCGAGGAAUGUAAAGAGGCUGGCCUUCCGGCAAAAAUCAUUUCCGUUAUAUUGCUUCACAAGCAUUUUCGGAUGCAUGCCAGUGCAAUAAAAUGUCCCAAAUGUCCGAUUCGCGUAUCAACGAUGGCCGCCUUGUACGGUCACAUGCAAAUCUACCAUGGCGAGAACAGUGACACCGAAUAUACGUGCCAGAUUUGCGACAUGAAGCUGGUCAGUAAGUUUGCCUGGAAGAGACACGUGCGUUUCCACAAGGCUCGGGAAGACGGACGAUAUACGUGCACGAUUUGCCAGAAGAAAUUCGCCACGAAACCACACUUGACACGCCACGAAAGAAGCCACACGAAUGAGCGCCCCUUCAAGUGCCAUUUCUGUCCGAAUAGCUAUAAGACGCAGAAUGUCCGGAACCGCCACGAACGGACUCACACCGGCGAGAAGGGUUUCCACUGUGAAAUUUGUGGUAAACGGUAUCGGCUCCGGAGUGUUCUGAACACGCAUCUGGAGUCGGCCCACGGAGCACCCAAGGAACCGGAAGGACCGCUUCCAGUGAUAAAUUGUGACUUUGAGGGCUGCAACUACAGCACCACGAAGAAAGGCGCCAUGUAUAAUCAUAAGACAAUUCACGAGCCCAAGUUCCAGUGUCAGUUUUGUCCGAAGCGAUAUCCCACUGGACAGAAACUGGAGAUGCAUCAGUUCGUUCACACGGGAGAGAAGAAGUUCCGCUGCCAUCUUUGCCCGAAAAGCUUCCGUUCGAAGUUUACUUUGGAUCAACACGUGGCAGCACACACCGCAACCGAACAGAUUCCAUGUGAAAUAUGCGGAAAAACGUUCGUGCGGGAGAGAAGUUUGAAGCAGCACCUUGUGAGGCAUGCCAAUUCUACAUUGAAUUUCGAAUGUGAAACUUGUGGUAAAAAGUUUCGAUACCGGGGCGAACUAGUAAGACAUGAAAAGACUCACGAGAAAGCUGCCAACAAUACGAACUCGAUAAGUGUUGGACAGGAUAGUGAACAGUCAACGGUUACCGUGAAGCAAGAAGUAGAGGAGCUUCAAGACCAAUAACUUAAUGACUGCAAUAACUUAGGUUUUAUCACCUAACGUACUUGACUACUUUGUGAUUCUUAGGUGGCGACCAUCAAACCGAAUAAAUUGAUCAUUGCAGAUACGCCAGUAUGAUACUAAGCGCGAGAAUUAUUAUGAAAAUUAGUUGAAUACCACAUCUAGUUGUAUCGCCUAUCCUGGAUUCCAUUCAAUAAACUGUCAAAACUUGUA